AUGGUGUCUGACAUCCCUCUACCUGCCCUGUCUCCUGGUUACAGCAACCCCACAGCAUCGUGCAGCGCCGCCUCAUGGCGGGAAACAUCACACAGCUGCGUGGCGUGGCCCACGUGGGGAGACCCUCGCCCCUGGUCGACAGCAAGGAUGGGGGGCGCCGGCGACGCAGAGGAGAAGAGCGAGAGCACGGCUGAAGACUCCACGGAGGAGAGGGAUUCGCCGGAGGAGAGCGAGAGGAGCCUAGAGACGAGGUCGGACGAGGAGGAGGAGGAGGACAGCAGCGAGGCCGGGGGGAAGUCAAGCAGCACGGCUGGGAACGAUAAAACAGAAGAGGGGAGGAAGGAGAGGCAGAGGACAGAGAGGCCUCUCACUGCCCUGCUGGUCCAGUGCAAGGUAUGCUUGAACACUCAUCCUUCCUUCAUUUUGGCGUCAUGGGUUUUUUAUGAACCUAAAUUAAAUCUCAGAUACUAUUCAGUUGCAUUCCAAAUGAAGAUAAAAGAGGAGUGAAAGGGAGAGAUAAAGGGAUAGGAGGAGAGAGAAGCACUCAGAGAGACCACAGUGACUCAUCAUUUAUCCAGAUAAUGUAUUCCCUCAUUGUAUUCCACUGAGCCCAGUCUCAUCAAUUCUUAAUGGCUUUGAUUCUAGGGUUUGCAGAGUCCCCAUAUUGACCCUCUGCACCACUCAGACACUCUCAUCACACUGUGUCUGUGGCUAAAGGAAGAGCUAAUGUAACAUACUGUAACAGUGACUCCUCCACAUACAGGAUGAACAACAGCCUCAUAAUGAAGUCAAUACACAGCUGAAGACCCCAUCAUACUAACAUCAUAAGAUAAUUAUACAAACAAAAUUGGUGGAAUCAAUCUAUAUGAAAGAUGGAAAGGCAAACCAGUAAUGCAAGUGCACUGAGUUCACUGCCUACAUAAUUCAUUUCAGUCAAUGAAUAGCAUUCAUUAAGAUGUUAUUAGAGAACAUGAGCAAACAUACCAUCCAAGUCAUUUCUGACUCAGUAUGUUCAAGCUAUAUUAUUUACAUUUACGUUUUACAUUUACGUCAUUUAGCAGACGCUCUUAUCCAGAGCGACUUACAAAUUGGUGCAUUCACCUUAUAUAAAUUACAAUAUUAUUUUUGGGGGGUUGGGGUAAGGGGGGGUAGAAGGAUUACUUUAUCCUAUCCCAGGUAUUCCUUAAAGAGGUGGGGUUUCAAGUGUCUCCGGAAGGUGGUGAGUGACUCCGCUGUCCUGGCGUCGUGAGGGAGCUUGUUCCACCAUUGGGGUGCCAGAGCAGCGAACAGUUUUGACUGGGCUGAGCGGGAACUGUGCUUCCGCAGAGGUAGGGGGGCCAGCAGGCCAGAGGUGGAUGAACGCAAUGCCCUCGUUUGGGUGUAGGGUCUGAUCAGAGCCUGAAGGUACGGAGGUGCCGUUCCCCUCACAGCUCCGUAGCGUUAUAUCUGCACACAACCCACAUACUGCAACUUAAUAAUUGGACUAACUCUAAAACAACAUACUGCACCCACCCACAAGUACAGGCUCAGACUGUUAAAACAACACCUACAUACACGAGACUAACCAAGCAUCAACUCCACUGAGAGGUACAGAAAUAUACCCACAAUGAAAUGAGUUUAACCUUGGGGAGUGGGUGGGCGGGCGGCAGAGACUACUGUGUUCUCUCCCUCCUCCAGAUCACUUCACCUGAGUCACUCUAUACACCAAGGAUGACUGCCACACAAAAAACACCCACUCAGCUGCAUCAUUUCUAAUUGAUGUCAUGUCAUCUCAAGGUAGUGUUGUGCGUAUUUCCAAUGUCAUCAGUGUUAUCUAGCAGCAUUUAACUGACUGGCUUUCUGAAUCAUACCUGCCUGAAUCAUACCUGUGAGAGCAUUCGAGGUUCCAACAAAUCAAUGUGGUUUGGGAUAGACAGAGCUUUGUUGAUGAACUCAUACACGUACAGUGCCUUCAGAAAGUAUUCAUACCCCUUGACCUAUUCCACAUUUUGUUGUUACAGCCUGAAUUCAAAAUGGAUUAAAUAAAUACAAAUUCUUACCCAUCUACACACAAUACACCAUAAUAAAGUGAAAACAAAAUUUCAUAAGUAUUCACACCCGAGUCUAUACUUUGUAGAAGCACCUUUGGCGGCGAUUACAGCUUAGAGUCGUCUUGGGUAUGUCUGUAUCAGCUUUGCCCAUCUGAAUUUGGGGAUUUUUCUCCCAUUCUCCCUUGCAGAUUUUCUCAAGCUCUGUUAAGUUAAAUGGGGAGUGGCGGUGAACAGCAAUCUUUAAGUAUUUUCACUGAUUUUCAAUGGGAUUCAAGUCUGGGCUUUGGCUUUGCCACUCAAGUACUUUCACAUUCUUGUUCUGAAGCCAUUCCAGCGUUGCUUUGGCUGUAUGCUUGGGGUCAAUGUCCUGUUGGAACGUAAAUCUUCGCCCCAGUCUAAGGUCAUUUGCACUCUGUAGCAAGUUCUCAUCAAGGAUUUGCCUGUAUUUGGCUCCAUUCAUUGUUCCCUCUAUCAUUACCAGUCUCCCUGAUGCUGAAAAGCAUCCCCAUAGCAUGAUGCUGCCACCAUCAUGCUUCACGGUAGGGAUGGUGUUAGACGGGUGAUGAGCUGUGCCUGGUUUUCUCCAGACAUAGCGCUUUGCAUUCAAGCCAAAGAGCAAUUUUUGUCUCAUCAGACCACAGAGUCUUUCGCCUUAUGCUCUCAGAGUCUUCCACGUGCCUUUUUGCAAACUCCAUGCAUGCUGUCAUGUGCCUUUUUCUCAGGAGUGACUUCCGUCUAGUCACUCUCCCAUAAAGCCCAGAUUGGUGAAGUGCUGUAUUGUCCUUCUGGCAGGUUCUCCCAUCUCAGCCAAGGAACUCUGUAAUUCUGUCAGAGUGGUCAUUGGGUUCCCGGUCAUCUCCCUGACCAAGGUCCUUCUUGCCCGGUUGCUCAGUUUGGUCGCACAGCCAGCUCUAGUCAGAGUCUGGGUAGUUCCAUAUUUUUUCAAUUUCUCAAUGCUGGAGACUACUGUGCUCUUGGAAACUUUAAACACUCUAGAAAUUGUUUUAUACCCUUCCCCAGCUAUAUGCCUCAUCACAUUUCUAUCUCGGAGAUCUACGGACAGUUCCUUGGACUUCAUGGUAUAGUUUAGGACCUUAUAUAGACAGGUGUGUUUCUUUCUAAAUCAUGUCAAAAUAAUUGAAUUGGCCACAGGUGGACUCCAGUCAAGUUGUAGCGACAUCUCAAGGAUGACACAAGGAAAUUGGAUGCACCUGAGCUCAAUUUGGAGUGUCAUAGCAAAGGGGUGUGAAUACUUACAGUACCAGUCAAAGGUUUGGACACACCUACUCAUUCAAGGGUUUUUCUUAAUUUUUACUAUUUUCUACAAUGUAGAAUAAUAGCGAAGACAUUAACACUAUGAAAUAACACAUAUGGAAUCAUGUAGUAACCAAAAAAGUGUUAAACAAAUCAACAUAUAUUUUAUAUUGUUGAUUCUUCAAAGUAGCCACCCUUUGCCUUGAUGACAGCUUUGCACACACUUGGCAUUUUCUCAACCAGCUUCACCUGGAAUGCUUUUCUAACAUUCUUGAAGGAGUUCCCACAUAUGCUGAGCACUUGUUGGCUGCUUUUCCUUCACUCUGUGGUCCAACUCAUACCAAACCAUCUCAAUUGGGUUGAGGUCGGGUGAUUGUGGAGUCCAGGUCAUCUGAUGAAGCACUCCAUCACUGUCCUUCUUGGUCAAAUAGCCCUUACACAGCCUGGAGGUGUGUUUUGGAUCAUUGUCCUAUUGUAAAACAAAUGAUAGUCCCACUAAGCACAAACGAGAUGGGAUGGCGUAUCGCUGCAGAAUGCUGUGGUAGCCAUGCUGGUUAAGUGUGCAUUGGAUUCUAAAUAAAUCACAGACAGUGUCACCAGCAAAGCACACUCACACCAUCACACCUCCUCUUCCAUGCUUCACGGUGGGAACCACACAUGCGGAGGUCAUCCGUUCACCUACUCUGCAUCUCACAAAGACACAGUGGUUGGAACCAAAAAUCUCAAAUUUGGACUCAUCAGACCAAAGGACAGAUUUCCACCAGUCUAAUGUCCAUUGUUUGUGUUUCUUGGCCCAAGCAAGUCUCUUCUUCUUAUUGGUGUCCUUUAGUAGUGGUUUCUUUGCAACAAUUCGACCAUUAAGGCCUGAUUCACACAGUCUCCUCUGAACAGUUGAUGUUGAGAUGUGUCUGUUACUUGAACUCUGUGAAGCAUUUAUUUGGGCUGCAAUUUCUGAAGCUGGUAACUCUAAUGAACUUAUCCUCUGCAGCAGAGGUAACUCUGGGUCUUCCUUUCCUGUGGCGGUCCUCAUGAGAGCCAGUUUCAUCAUAGUGCUUGAUGGUUUUUGCUACUGCACUUGAAGAAAGUUCUUGAAAUUUUCCGGAUUGACUGACCUUUAUGUCUUAAAGUAAUGAUGGACUGUCGUUUCUCUUUGCUUAUUUGAGCUGUUCUUGCCAUAAUAUGGACUUAUCUUGUCACAACACAACUGAUUGGCUCAAACACAUUAAGGAAAGAAAUUCCACAAAUUAACUUCUAACAAGGCACACCUGUUAAUUGAAAUGCAUUCCAGGUGACUACCUAAUGAAGCUGGUUGAGAAAAUGCCAAGAGUGUGCAAAAGCUGUCAAGGCAAAGGAUGGCUACUUUGAAGAAUCUCAAAUAUAAAAUAUAUUUUUAUUUGUUUAACACUUUUUAGGUUACUACAUGAUUCCAUAUGUGUUAUUUCAUAGUGUUGAUGUCUUCACUAUUAUUCUACAAUGUAGAAAAUAAUACAAAAUAAAGAAGAACCCUUGAAUGAGUACGUGUGUCCAUGACUUGUACUGUACGUAAAUGAGAUAUUUCUGUAUUUCAUUUUCAAAACAUUUGCAAACAUUUCUAAAAACAUGUUGUCAUUAUUGGGUAAUGUGUGUAGAUGGUUAAGAAGAAACAAACAUUCUAUCCAUUUUGAAUUCAGGCUGUAACACAACAAAAUGUGGAAUAAGUCAAGCGGUAUGAUACUUUCUGAAGGUACUGUGUCAGCUGAUCUGGCUCAGAUAGCCACACAAGUAAGUGGCUAAAUACCUCAUCUAGUGGAAUGGAUUGAUUCUCAUUAGGAAAAGGUGAAGCCAUAUGUGACUCUCCAUAGACAUACUGCCCAUAAUUAUUGGCACCCUUAAUAAAGAUGAGCAAAAAAGACUGUAUAAAAUAAAUAAUACAAAUACUGAGCUAUAUUGUAUGCUCAAACAUUUUUUAAAGUUAUAUUCUUUCAUACGAAUAAAAUUGCCCAGAGAACAAGAUGUUUAUUUUAUUUGUAAAAAAAAUUAAUCUAAAAAAAGAAAGGGGUCAAAUUAUUGGCACCGCUGUUUUCAAUACUCUGGCACCCUCCCCUUGCGAGGAUAACUACACUGAGCCUUUUUCUAAAAUGUUUUAUGAGAUUGGAGAACCCGUUGGGAAGGAUCUUAGACCAUUCCUCCGUACAGAAUCUUUCCAGAUCCUUGAUAUUCUUCAGGUGCUAGAGUAUUGAAAACAGGGGUGGCAAUAACUUUGAGAAUUAACAUUUUUUAAAAUAUCUUUCUCUGAACAAUUGUAUUAGUAUAAAAUAUUAUAAUCCGACACACACAGCAAUGUUGGAAGUGCGAGACACUGUGUGUGGUGUUUGAAGUAAGCGUUCCGCCAGGGAACAUUCCAUGGGGCUCAGCUUAUCUUUGAUCUUGUUUGUGGCUUGUUUAGAUCUGUUUUUUAAGCAGCUAAACGCUCCAUAGUUACCAAUUAAUUCCGGAGCCAUUUUUUUACUUCACAGAAAGGGAGACAAAAACACAUGUUUGCAGGUCUGCUGAUAAGCCUGGCCACGAGAAGCAUGCAGGGACUAAGGGGGGAAGCUCAACUAACACCAUAUUGUGUGUCGGGGACUACAUUUAUACACACAGCCACAGCAAUGGGAUUUGAUGUCCUAGUGGGCAAAAGUCUUUCAUCUAGGAGGUAAAAACGACCUAGAGCCAAGUCGAUGUAUGUACUGUGAUACACAGUGAUAAUAUGGCAGGAAAAAGACAUGUGAAAACAUGCUUUUCUAAGGAUGUUUUAUCCACCCAUCCAACCUUUAUCCAUCUUUCCAUUCACCUAUCGAAACCAUUCAUUAGAAACAUGGUGGAUGUUAGCGAAGGCUUCCUGAAAACAUGUUUGACUGUUUAAGACAACAUGGUGAAUGUUAGAGAAGGCUUGAGAUGAGGUACACUCAGAAACCUCAAGGUAGUACUGCUGACACAGCCAGGACACAGAGGUUAUGUCACUAGGUUGUGUUCACUCGUGUUCAGGGGAGCAUAUCAUUAUGUGUCCACUCAGUGUCUCUCCCUCUCCAUCGAGAGGGGGCGGUGGUGACAUCUUGUUCAGUUCUCACUCACGGGGAUCCACCAUAUGCUGUGAAGUGUGAACAUGUUUUAAAUCCUCCCUCCAGAGUUGCGUGUUUUCACCAACAUUGCCUGUUCUCCCUUCCACUCGAAGAAGUGUGAUAUGUUAUAUUCUAAGAAGAGCCUUGUGAUUUACAACAGAAACUUCAUUAUAGAACAUUUUACAUUUAAGUCAUUUAGCAGACACUCUUAUCCAGAGCGACUUACAGGAGCAAUUAGGUUUAAGUGCCUCGCUCAAGGACACAUCGACAGAUUUGUCAACUAGUCGACUCGGGGAUUCGAACCAGUGCUCUUUCGGUUACUGGCCCAUUGCUCUUAACCACUAGGCAACCUGCCACCAGGCCUCUGCAGUCAUUAUAAUCUGCCGCAAUGUCUGCUUCCCCUUUACUGUGAAUCACUGCAUUGUGACAUGAAGUGCCCUACGGCGGAACCACUGGGAGAUGUGGAGGAGGAUAAAGGACACCCACCCUGGCUGUUAGCAGCUCUGCUGGUUGGGUGAACACACACACACACAGGCUGGAUGACAGGGAGUGAGACAGAUAGGAUACUUUAGGUACCCAGGAGAAGACAGCACUGCUGAAACACAGGAUCCUCACUUCAGAAGUGUUGUUGUGUUGUUCACUGUUCUAAGGUUCUGGCUCAGAAGACAACAUCAUGUUGCUCUUGGACAUAAGAUGUUGCUGUUGAGCAUAAUGGUUUUGGACUAUGCUCUUAUUUUCAAAUCAGGAACUGACCGGUUCGCUGAUUAGUUGAAGAAUAUUCUGCAGGCUCUGCUGAUUGGGCUAAUAUUUCACUGUCUAGUAAUGUUUUCAGGAUUAUAAAGGCAUGGAGAGGCCUCAGAUAACAUGGGAUCAUCAUCUUGUUCAGAAAACAAGCACAGUCAGUUGCUCUUAUGGUCGAACUAAUAGUCAACACAUCCACUGGAGUGAGACUAAAGAUUCCAUAGGUGUUUUUUUCUAAACAGUCAUGGUUGGUUUAGUAUUAUCACUAACCAUGAGGCAGAAUAGCCAAAGUCCUGAAUCAUCAGCACAGGCAUGGUCUAAUAGUCUCUGACUCAGACAGAGGAUCAAUAUCAAUGUGGUUGCAUAUAAACAACUAUGCCAAACCUAGAAAACACCUAGUCUUAAACACUACCUGUAAUUGGUUGGGAAAUGUGGCUUAAUGGACUACUAGAAUAAAUUUUACCAAAACUCUAGAGUCGAUAAGCCUUUAAUUCAGACUUUAUAUCGUAGUUUGGCAGUUUUACAGGCAGGCACUUGGCAGGCGUAGCAGAGCUGUUGGGACCCAUUUGAUGAAAAGCCUUUUGUAAGCAAACAGAUCAAUGUAUCUCACUAAAGCUGCAGGAUAAAUAUACUUGUUCCUGUCUUCUGUUCUCUCCUUUGUGGGAGUAUAAGUGUGUUGACUAUAAGAGAUGUAAGCUGUCAGUUAACACAGUAGUUGUUCUGUUGUGUUUCCACAGUGCUGUGACACAGAGGUGAAGGCUUCCAUCAACACUGGGAGUCAACACAACCACAUCUCCAGCUCCUGCUGCAGGAGGCUUGGGUGAGAGGCCUUAUUAAUCUCCCUCCCUCCCUCGCUCUCUCUCUUUCUCUCUCUUUCUCUGUCGACCUCUACCACACCCACACCCAUCACAUAGCACUCCUAUUUGUCCAGGUUUGCCAACUAGCACCGAAAUACAGAACGUCAACAAACACAUUCGAGUUCCGCAGGCACUCACACAACCACAACAAUCUCCACCAACAUCAAACUGCACCGGCAUCAACAAACUCUACCAUGGCCGUGUGUGUGUGUUGCCAGAUUGGUUCCCACCCAGGAGGGUCCACCCUGUGAUCAGACAGAGGGCCAGGGCUCUGUGAGGGGGCUGCAGCUGCAACUGGGUAGACAGAGUGUCCAGUUCUCUGCCCAUGUCACAGGUAAGGAAGGGGACAUCACAUAUUACAUCACAUAAACAUUUAAAGCAGCAUUGCAGCCAGUUGUAAUGACUGUCAAUUAAGCAAGAGAGAGUCCUACUCAUACAUGACAGUGUCAAUGAAAUGCUUUAGUUUUUCUUUCUCUGUAAACAUACAUUCUGUUCCGCAUUAUCUGGACUGUAGGCGUGACAAACAACAUUGAACCGAAUAAUGCUACGGAUUGGAUAUGUAAACGUGAUUAUUUUCCACACCAUCAAGGUUACUUCCCUUCACCAAUGUCAAUACAAAACCCCUUGGUGAAAAGCGGCCAACAUAAUCAGUGCCUAGAUCCAACGCUGUGUUUCAGACAGUAACGUUAACAGACGGUAAUAGAUUUGCUUACUGGCUGUGUUAUUUUUGCAUGCUUGCCCUAUAAUGGCAGCUGUCUUAAAAGGUGUUGGAGAUGUGCUUGGCAGCCAAUGUGUGUGUGAGAGCGUGUGUGUGUGUGUGUGUGUGUGAGAGAGAGUGAGUGUGUGUGUGUGUGUGCUCAGUAUGCAGCAUGUGCUCCUGACCUUUCCUAUUCACAAAGACAAAUAACACUGAGCAAGCAGGGAGAGAUGGUUGAACACACAAUGGUUGAACACACACACACAGAGCAUGCACGCACACACACACACAUACAUACAUACACACAAUCUCACACACACACAAUGCAGAUCGGAUAAUUGAGAUGUGCUGAUGAUUCCUGUUAGAUUUGAGCUCAUUUAUGCAGUGUUAAUGAAUCAUAGUCAGCGGGAGAAAUGGCGGGUUCGAAAUUCACUGUUUCUUAUUCUGCCCUCUCUCUCUCUCUCUCUUUUCCUCUCUCCGUCUCUCCUUCUCUCUCCUUUUCCUUCUCUCACUCUCCCCACUCUCUCUCUCCAUCCCUUCCACAGAGGAUGAGGUGUUUGAGCUGUGCCUGGGACUUCAGACUCUGCAGGAACUCAGAGUAAGCCCUCAUUAGUGUUGCAAAUACGUAAAUGCUGUGUUUUAUCUGUCAUCUUCCCUAAAUCUCCCCCAACUUGAACUUUACAGCUAAUGAAAAUUGCUGCUAAAAAUAAUCAUAAGGAAAAAUGAAGCAGACAUUGAGCUGUAGCAAUUAGAUUAUGCAGAGACCUUAGUAACACACUGAAGAUGCCGGUUCCUAUCAGAACACAUCAAGUAAUACCUCGUUAAGACGGAGAUGGAGACAGACAGGUUUGUGUUAUGUUAUCUGAGGGUUACGGCUGUCUGCUGGCGUUGCCUGGUGAGGACAGGGCUGCAGGUGAAAGCAGACAGAUACGACAGCAUUCAGAUCAGCACAUCUCACUGAGGAGGUUUAGAAUGCUGCCAUUUCCCCAGGAUAUCCCAGGAAAUGGCAACACAACGUGACAGUCAACAAACAGAACAGGAGAGGAAAACACAUGAACAGAAUUCUGUCUAAGAGGGUCUGAAAGGGAAAGUGGAAUUAGGCACCAGACUAAUUGCAACCAUUUCUCACAGAGAAUCCAAUUAAUUAGACUUUAAGGGUACACUGGAAACCAGAUCUACAAUUACGCAAAAGCACCCCUGGAGGAUCCGCGAUACCGGAGACAAUUUUCCUUCCAAGUGCACCCAGUCUCAGUAUUCUCCUCCCUCUGCAAAACUCAAGAUGGGAACAUUAACUCAAUUUAAUCAUAGCUGAAAAGUUUUCAAAAUACUCCUUAAAUAGUUCGGUGGCUUGGAAAAAAGGGUGAAUCCUAAUUGAAUUAUCACGUAUGCCUGCGAGGAAAGAUACCCAUACAUGGAGAUGGAGGAAGCCUGGAUUUACAAUUAUAGACAACUGUUAGAACAGAGACAAAAUGUUCAGUUUAGUCCCUGGGCCGUUCUGGUGACCUGGAAGUAAAACCACAGAGCUCAGUGGAGUCUGUCAGGCCCCAAUGGAAAGCAGAGAGCUAGACUCAGGUGCAUCUCACAGCCAUUGUGUGAAUUGUGAUCACAUAUGCAUGCACACUGGGGCAUGCUUAAUGUUGUGCAACAUUGCAUUGAGCCCCUCAAGAGAACCAUUUGGAUGGAAAAGUACAUAACUGAUCUAAAAAGAGUAGUGUCUACCUUUAAGGUCACCAUGUGCAGACCAAUUGAACCGCUAUUUGGAGCAGCCGCGGCGACCUUUCCGAGGAUAUCGGUUUACAUAACGCAAUCAACAUUCUGUUGUCUAAAAUGGCACUUUGUUGGAUGAGUUUCCAUGGCAUCCACUCCAUUCUAUCUGUGGUAGAGUUGAGGUUAAACCAUGUUUUGACCCUUUGGUCAGUCACGGUCACCCAACUGAUGUCUCCCAUAUCUAUCCUUUAUCUCCAGUGCUGUAUGGACCUGAGCAGUAGAGUCCUGAAGCUCCAGGGCUCAGGGGAGGAGCUGCCUUUCCUGGAGCCGCCAUUGGUCAGCCAGUGCCAUCAUCAUGACAGCAAUGAGAAUGUGUGACCCUGGCGUGUCACAAACUCCCAGCUGUCCCGCGCCCUCCUCUGAUUGGCUGGAGCUGACAAAACAUGAUGCGGUCCGAAUCUGGACUGUCCAAUCAGUGUCUCGCACUGCCAGCAACAUGGAUGAACACCCCAAUUCUAUUCAGUUUACACCACUGUGUUUGUUUCUGUGGAAUUAAGACAUUACCAUGAUGUAACAAUCUUCAUAAUGAUGUACUUAAUCAAGCUGUUUUUAAUCUGCCAGACAGUGCAUCAUUGUUCAAUACACUCUUAGAAAAAAGGAAUCCAAAAGGGUUAUUUGGCUGUCCACAUAGGAGAACCCUUUCUGGUUCCAGGUAGAACUAUUUUGGGUUCCAUGUAGAAUCCUCUGUAUAAAGGGUUCUAUAUCGAACUAAAAAGGGUUCUACCUGGAACCAAAAGGGUUCUUCUACCUGGGACCAAAGAGGGUCCUUCAAAAAGUUAUCCUAUGGGGACAGCCGAAGAACCCUUUUAGGUUCUAGAUAGCACCUUUUUUUCUAAGAGUGUACUGAAACAUGCUGAGGUGUCAGACAAUGAUUAUCAUUUGAAAUGAACAUAUUGUGAUUUGGAGGUAUAAAAUAAUUUACGUUGAUCAUCAAUUAAAUGCCAAAACUGUUUGAAAUCCAAACUCAGUUCAGCCUUGAGGUAAAAUAUAUAUCUCCCUCACAUCCGUUUACAGAGUGAUAGUCUUCUAGAUGUCCUCUCAUGCGUGCUCAAGAGAAACGGUGAAAAACCUCUAAAUUGUUCCAAGUCUUAUGAAACAUUUGAAUCAGCCUGUUCAGGACAGGGAAUCCUGGAAGAGAUGUGAGGAGACUACUGCUAUUCCUGAACUAACUGCCUUCAGCCAGGUGAAGACCCUUUUCUCUCUCUCUCUCUCUCUCUCUCUCUCUCUCAUUUCCCCAAAUGAAGAGUGCUCCUAAGAAUGUCACAAUGAGACAUCAAAACUAGUUCUCAAUAAUUCCACUCAAAUGUUAAUAGAGUCCUGGAGCUAGUCAGACGGACCACACAGCAAAAAGAUCCAAACAUUCCAUCAUUCUGCAUGAUUUUUUUGUAGAAGUCUGCUUUUGUAUACGUCUGGACGUUUGUGUUUCUGUGAGAGUGUGUGUGACUAGGAGAUGUUCGAGUGUGUGUACGUACUGGUGGAUGUGCACUGUGUGUGUGUGUCUGUGUGUUGGAGUGCAUGUCAAUCGAGGAGGGGCUUUUCUGUUUCCAUAUGGUUAGUGGCUAGUGUUUCACAUGGGAAAGAAAAAGGGAUACGCUCUAUCUACUUCUCCUCCUCCCAGCUCCGGUCAGAGGGCGCUGCCAAGACGGAGCCGACCCCAGCUGCCUUUCUUCCCUCGUCUUCUUCAGGGGACAUUAAUCACUCUGUUCUGAGGCUGCUCUCUGGGCCAAGGCCCUCAUAG